AUGGCGCGAGACAGCACGCUCAGCAUGGCACUUUCUUUUACUUUCUUUGCAAUAUGCCUUUUUCAAGUCCAGGCUACGGGUGUUGAGCCCGGUCCUUCCAAGCCAGCGUUCCUAAGUGUAGGCCCUGAAAAAUUACGAGAGGUGCAUAGCAAGCUUAAGCUAGGCGCAACGCUUGACGGGCCGAAGUUCCCUGAGGUUGAAUUCAAUGACGAUAUAUAUUGGGACGGGAAGUUUGGCAGCACCUCUUCCUUCAGGAAAGAGUACCCUUUUGAUAUUUGGGAGGAUGGUGUGGAUGAUUCAGAGAACGAAUACAACAAUGUGCAUCCGAAUCUCCAUGCCUCUCGCCUUCCCGGUAUUGGAAGCAGCAAGGAUAUCUACCCGUAUAUUGCUAGCAUUUCGCCAGCAAAGUAUGGCCGCAGUCAGAAGUUUAUGUACUGGGAUAUGGUAUGGAACCAGGCUGAAAAAGAGACAAACGGCGAUAUCAUCCUGGUAGACUUGGCGCAAUAUGUCCAGGGCUUAGCGGCCGAGGAGCAAGAGGAUCUUAUUCCGUCUGUCACCACGAAGAGCCUAAGCUUUACACCACCAGAAAAGAAAGAAACAAAGCAGAUUAUUCCACCGUACCGGGGAAUAUAUUCUGUGCAUUAUAAAGGCAGCAACGCCAAAUGGGCUCAUAGCGAUAUUGAGUAUCGUCAGAUAAGCCUGGAAUACCAUGACGACUCUAAAAAGCCGGCUGGAACUGGUCCACACAAUCUGCAUUACUUUCGCAUUAGCUCUUGGAAGGACCGACAAGCAAUUGAUCCAGAGAAGCUGCAAUUCCUCAUCGACGAGGUCGAUAAGAAAUUCAAAGGCCAAACGAUCAUCGUGAACUGUUUAUUGGGAUUUGGGCGUACAGGUUCCUUUAUUGAAGCAAGGGAGAUGUAUCGGGAGACAGUGAAGGCGAAAAGUACUAAAUGGUUCUUCUCGUCCUCGGGUGACCCGAUUGAGGAAUAUACCGCCACGCUGCGCAAGAGACGAGCUUUGAUGAUCGACAGUGCCAGGCAAUAUGAGUUCUUACAUGCCUGGGCAGCAAGGAUGUGGACCAUGACAACUGAAGGUAAUACAAAGACCGCAGCCAGCUCUGCGGGUAAUCCGCCCAGCCAGGGUCGUCGGCCGCCAACAUCAUGA